CUUCUAUGUUCUAAAAUCCUCGUUCAAAAUGCAAUUUCCCCGUUUCAGUCAUGGUCAGGGCUACGUUCGACCAGCAAAACCCUAAACCCUGGACACACCAACUGAUCAGUCAUGAAAAUGCUUUUCUUCAUUUCCCUCAAAUUCAAUACCAGAGUAUUAAAGAAUAUCCAAUCGAGCUUCUACAAUCUCAGCUUCACAAAAUCAAUGUCCCAAUCCACCUCCAUUCCCAAAAAGCAGCUGCGAGUGCGCGACCAUGGCUAUGACAAUUACAUGGAAAUCGAGAAGAAAACCCGUAAGGUCCUAAAGUUCCAGUCCCUAAUUCUUUCCCAAUUUAACCAGACAAUACAAAUCUCUCGACUUGACGCACUUGCUCGCCGCCUCGGCUUUAAGCAGUACCAGGCCGGCGCUUUUGUACUGAAAUUCCCUCACAUUUUCGAAGUCUAUGAGCACCCUGUUCAACGCAUCCUGUAUUGUCGUUUAACACGCAAAGCCCUUCUUCAAAUUCAACAAGAAAAGGAAGCCUUGAUCGCCCAGAUACCCGACUCUGUGACUCGCUUGAGGAAACUGAUAAUGAUGUCGAGCACGGGUCGUCUGCGAUUGGAGCACGUACGGAUUGCCAGGUCAGAAUUUGGAUUGCCUGAUGAUUUUGAAUAUUCAGUAGUUCUUAAAAACCCACAAUAUUUUAGAUUAAUAGAUGCCAUAGACACGAGGAAUAAGUACAUUGAGAUUGUUGACAGAGACCCUAUGUUAACAGUUUGUGCAAUAGAGAAGGCUAGGGAGAGAAAAUAUAGGGAAAAAGGAAUGGCAGCUGAAGAUAUAAGAUUUUCGUUUAUCAUCAAUUUUCCACCCGGGUUUAAGAUAGGAAAGUAUUACAGGAUUGCGGUGUGGAAAUGGCAAAGGACUCCUUAUUGGUCGCCUUAUGAGGAUAUUUCAGGUUAUGAUUUGAGGUCAAUUGAGGCUCAGAAGAGGAUGGAGAAGAGAGCAGUGGCAGCAAUUCAUGAACUGGUGUCUUUGACUGUGGAAAAGAAAAUCACAUUGGAGAGGAUAGCCCAUUUUAGAAUGGCUAUGCAUUUGCCUAAGAAGUUGAAGGAAUUUUUACUUCAGCAUCAGGGGAUUUUUUAUGUCUCAACUAGAGGGAAUCAUGGUAAACUGCACACAGUAUUUCUUAGGGAGGCAUAUAGGAGGGGAGAAUUGGUGGAGCCUAAUGAUUUGUAUUUGGCAAGGAGGAAGUUGGGUGAGCUAGUGUUGUUUAGUCCGAGGAAGGCCAAGAUGGAUAGGGAGUUAGUUAGCUAUAGAAGGGAUAGAAGAGAUGAGGAAAUGGAGCGAUUUGGAAGAGACUGUGUGGAAAAUAAUUUUGAGGCUGGCAAGGUUGGACAAGAUGGGGAGUUUGAAGAUGAUUUGAACUCAGACUUGGGUAGUGAUGUUGGCUCUGAUUUUACUGAUGAGAGUGAUGACAAUGGUGCUGUUGAUAUUGUCAAUGCAGAGGAGGCUCAUGUAACUAGUGACUGAGGCUGGAGAAUCAACCUUGCUUGAAUUUAUUGGAGACAUGAGAUGAAUGUCAUUUGGAAUUGGAUUAUUAAAGAAGACUUGUAGUUCACAGGAAAUUUCUGGUGCUUCAAGUGAACUUUUAUCACGCUAUCCGCAAGACUUUUUGGCUGUUGAAGGAAUUCAAAUAAGACAGGGCAAGUGGCUGUUCUUAGAAUCAUUUUAAGUCAAGGUGGAUAUUUGUUUAUUUAUUUGUUUCUACACAAUAUUCAUGUUCUGAUAUGAAAAAUAAACUGCUGUUCGUGGCCUCUGCUUUGCCAUAAUAGCUUCUUAUCCUCGUAUGUAUUGAUUUUUGUACUUGUUUAAUCAAUCUGAAGAUGAUCUAAAGCAAUUCUAUUACAUUAUUGAUUCUUAAAA